AGCGUGUUUUGCUCUCUCUAGUCCCAUUGACUUUGUGUUCGGUCUUUUGGUGUGGUCCUCAGAGUUCCCAGUUCCUGCCGUGCUGGUAAUCCAUCAUAUUUCAUUCUCUCCACCACAAAAAUAUCUCAGCUCCAAACUCUCUAAUUCAUUCAAGGGUACGAAGAUGUGGAAGCUGAGAGUUUUGGCAUGUGUUCUCGCGGUCUCAUAUUCUUACUUCCUUCUUCUUGUUGUGGCACAUGUUACGGAUCCCUCGGAAGUGAAAGCUUUGAAGGGUGUGAAGAGCAGAUUAAUUGAUCCAAUGAACAAUCUGAGAAACUGGAACAAGGGGGAUCCUUGUGUAUCUAAUUGGACUAAAGUUAUUUGUUCAAACCAAACUGGGACUGAUGGAUACUUGCAUGUUACAGAACUCCAACUGAUGGGAAUGAAUCUCUCAGGAAUUUUAGCGCCUGAACUGGGACAACUAACUCAUCUUUGGAUAUUAGAUUUCAUGUGGAAUGAAAUAACGGGCACAAUUCCCAAGGAGAUCGGGAACAUUCAAAACCUGACACUCUUACUCUUGAAUGGAAACAAACUUAGAGGGUCUUUUCCUGAUGAGCUUGGAAAUCUAUCAAAAUUAAAUCGACUACAGGUUGACCAGAACCAAAUGUCAGGUCCAUUGCCAAAAUCAUUUGCAAAUUUGAUUGGUGUUAGACACCUCCACUUGAACAACAAUUCUUUCAGUGGUCAAAUUCCUUCUGAGCUUUCCAAGUUACCCUGUCUUCUUCACUUGCUUUUGGAUAGUAACAACUUUUCUGGGAGGCUUCCACCAGAACUCUCAAACAUAACAGACCUGCGCAUACUUCAACUUGACAACAACAAUUUCAGUGAAUCUGAGAUUCCGGCUACCUAUGGCAACCUUUCAAAAUUGGUUAAAAUAAGUCUUAGGAAUUGCGGCUUGCAAGGAGCUGUUCCUGAUCUAAGCAGGAUAGUUAACCUUAGUUAUAUAGACUUGAGCAGGAAUCAUCUAGUUGGAACCAUUCCAUCACAAAAGCUUUCUCAUAAUGUGACAACAAUAGAUCUGUCGUAUAACCGUCUUAAUGGAUCUAUUCCAGGAAGUUUUUGGGAUCUUCCUUCUCUGCAGAAACUCGAUCUGAGGAACAAUUCAUUAUCAGCCAUCUUGGAAGAUAUAGAUCCUCAAAAAAAUGUCACUCUGAGGCUUGGAAACAAUCCCAUAUGCAAGAAUGCAACCAUACAAAACAUAGGCCAGUUUUGUAGAUCUGAUGCUGAACAGAACGAGAUCCCUGAAAAAUCUAAAGAUCCAAAAGAAACAAGAUGUCCUAUUCAAACAUGCCCACUAGAUAAUUCCUAUGAAUUUGUCCCAUCAUCUUUGGAUUGCUAUUGUGCAGCGCCAAUCAGAAUCGAAUAUAGGCUUAAGAGCCCAAGUUUUUCUUAUUUCCGUCCAUACAGUAGUGAAUUUAAGGUGUAUCUCACUAGUUCUCUCAAGUUGAAGUUUUCUCAAUUGUCAAUUGAUUCAUUUUCCUGGGAAGAAGGACCUCGUCUCCGGAUGUAUUUGAAGCUUUUCCCUUUGUACAAUGAUUCUCACUCAUACACAUUUAACGAAAGUGAGCUUCAGCGAAUUAGAGAACAAUUUACAGAAUGGCAUUUUCCUCGCACUGACUUUUUUGGACCAUAUGAGCUUCUCAACUUCACUCUCCUGGGACCUUAUAAAGAUGUGAUGUUUACAAGCACACAUAGUACUGUAAUUAGUAAAGGCAUUUUGGUAGCGAUUAUACUUGGGGCCAUUGCUUGUAUUGUUACCAUUGCAGCAUUAGUCUCAUUUUUCACCGUGAGGUAUGCCAAAUACCAUCGAGCACCAUCAAGAAGGCGUUCAUCCUCGAUGGCUUCCAUGAAGAUUGAUGGUGUGAAGGCAUUCACUUUUAAGGAAAUGGCAUCAGCUACCGGGAAUUUUACUUUCUCAACUCAAGUUGGUCGAGGAGGUUAUGGAAAGGUUUUUAAAGGAAUUUUAGCAGACAACACAAUUGUGGCCAUAAAACGUGCAGAAGAAGGAUCAUUGCAGGGCCAGAAAGAAUUUUUGACAGAGAUAGAACUGUUAUCAAGGUUACAUCACCGGAACCUGGUCUCAUUACUUGGGUAUUGUGAUGAAGAAGAUGAGCAGAUGCUAGUUUAUGAGUUCAUGCCUAAUGGAACACUGAGGGACUGGCUUUCUGCUAAGGCAAAGGGAACCUUAAAUUUCAGUAUGAGAUUGCGCGUUGCAAUGGGUUCAGCUAAAGGAAUUCUUUAUCUACAUACUGAAGCAGACCCUCCUAUAUUCCACCGGGAUAUAAAAGCCAGCAACAUACUUCUGGAUUCUAACUUCACUGCUAAAGUAGCUGAUUUUGGAUUGUCGCGACUUGCACCAACGCUUGAUUCUGAAGGGACAGUGCCUGAAUAUGUAUCUACAGUUGUGAAGGGAACACCAGGCUACCUGGAUCCAGAAUAUUUUUUGACUCAUAAGUUGACAGACAAAAGUGAUGUCUACAGUCUAGGAGUUGUAUUUCUUGAGCUCUUGACAGGCAUGCAUCCAAUUUCUCAUGGAAAAAACAUUGUCCGCGAGGUGUUGACGGCACAUCAAUCUGGGACGAUGUUCUCUGUUAUAGACUCCAACAUGGGCUCCUAUUCAUCUGCAUGUAUUGAAAAGUUUGCAGCUUUGGCUCUUAGUUGUUGCCAUGACCAGACAGAGAAGAGGCCGUCAAUGUUGGAGGUGGUGAGGGAGCUAGAAGACAUACUUCAGAUGAUGCCAGAAUCAGACACAACUGUUUCAGAAUCAACUUCCAGUUCCACCUAUGCUGCCUCUUUGGCAACGCCAUCUUCAUCCUUCGUUACAAGGAACUCAUUUGCUUCCACAUCUAUAUCAGGAAGUGAUCUUGUUAGUGGUGUCAUUCCUACCAUCUCGCCUCGCUGAGACCAAAUGUUAUGUUUUUUUUUUUCGGUUGUAGUUUAGGUUGGAGGGAUAAGGAUACAUGUAGAAUGUUGUCUGUUAUUUUAGAAAGAAAUUCAGUGACCAAACGGUAGUUUCUUUACAGUUGUCAAACCACAUAGAACCUCUAACUCAAAUUCUGCUUUGGCUCAUGGUGUAAAGAAACGAGAUACUAUUACAUGGAAAAUGCAUUGCACUCUAUAAGAUAAAAGAAUUGAUAUGGAUGGAAAA